GAAAUGAGCGUCAAUUCAUAUUCUUCCUCUGCUCCCCCAAUUAUGGAGGGUUGGUUAAUAAAAGCACUUCGCUUGGUCUAUUCAAAAAACCCGGCUGAUCGGGAGAAACUGCGAAAAUUGUACAAAGAUGCUUGUGAAAACGAAUCCCAAGUGUCUCGCAUUACUGUCGCAGAAGCCCUCAGAGAACCUCGUGAUGCCAACCGAUCAGAUACGUCGGAGGUGGAACCUUCCUCUUCGACUGCCUCUCGAGUUCGAAUUGGCACAACAGGUGCAUCUCAGGCCCCAAUACCAGUUGCGGCCAUUUCCACAUUCGCCGCGAGUGUCGUCGGCAGCACCAUGUCGAUUUCAUCUUCUGGUGCCUCGCAGACUGUUCACAGUCCCACUGUGCCUGUUCAGUCCCCAACACCUUCAUCGACAGCAGCGAAGACUGCCAAACGCACCAGGGUUGCGUUUUUCAACAUAUUCGAUGCGGCGGGUUCCGGCGCCUCGAGACCAGCGACAUCUGCUCUCUCAGCCUCCAAAUCCACCACCCUCGUGACCAAUCCUGACGCAUUGGUCAUUGAUUUGACAGAGUCUUCCAACCUCGUUGAUUUACCCUUGCCCAGACCGCCGCUGGAUUCCAUAGCCUCAGGUGACGCCUCCAGCAACACUAUUACUUCCAACUCCAGUCCACGCACUCCCAUUGGUCUGAGUAUUCCACACUCAGUCACUCUACCGCCAUUGUCUAUGGGUCCGGUUGAAUCGGGUGACAAUGCAAGUGAAAAGACAGCGGAUGUGGCCAGUCUAGUCGCUGACCUGGCCUGUGGUGUGUGCGGUAAGCUCACUCAGCCGCCCAGACUGGAACCCGAUGGCAAGUCCAUGAAUCCCAAUAUGCUGGUGGAAUGCGUGCAAUGCAAGGCGUUAUAUCACCAACUUUGCCAUGAUCCUCCUCUUCUCUUAUCUUCCACUGCGAGAAAUCCACAGGAGUGGCGUUGUGGGAAUUGCUGCGAUUCUUCGAUGUGCUCCUCUCCUGGACCGCAGCCCACUUCGUCAUCCUCCCUACCAAUGGAUGUGGGCACGGAGUGCUCGUCCAUUGGUUCGCCUAUUACUAUUGGAGCUCGCAAACGUAAAGGCGGCCUUCCCAGCGCCAUAUUUGGUCCAAGCAGUCUGAAGUCCUAACAGCACCAUCCACUCCGUCUUCAUAUUUACUUUCAUCAUUUCGACAUGUUAUCUGCAGUACUGGUCAACCAAAUUUCCUAUUUCUCAUGCGUUUAAAAAUAGUUUUUUCUACUCCGCUUGCCUUUUACUUUUACGCCCU